AUGCGAGCUGGUAUUCGAUUUGCACGUGGUCGACAAAGAUCAUUUGAUGAUAAACGGCGUACAACAGCACAACGUUCUGAGAAAGAGCACUUAUCAUUAUCUGAACAAAAUGUACUACUCGAUGGCACAAAUUUAAUGUCAUCAUCAACAAUUAACGAACAUUUGCAUUCUCACAAUAAUAAACAACAGCAAAAUUAUAUUGAGGGCGAUAGAGGUGAAAGCGACGAUGAAUUAGACGAAAUUAAUACAUCUCCAACAUCAUUCAAUAGGAAGUCAAUUGUUAAUACAACAUAUGGCAAUAACAAUCACGUACAAUCAGAGCCGGAAAAACGAUGGUAUCCUAUACCUAAUGUAAUCA